ACAUAGUGUAGAAUAUCUGUUAUGCGAGUAAUUCUCUUACAGAAUGGAAUACAGUACAUAGUGUAGAAUAUCUAUUAUACGAGUAGUUCUUUCAUAGAAUGGAAUACAGUUCUAUUGGCAUAUCAUAGAGAAUCUUCAGAUGGAUACUAACAAAGCAAGGAACUUUGAGGCCUUGUAUUGCACAAUGUGUUUAAUAUCAAUAGAGAUGGGAGGUGAUGACAUUCUGGUAGAACUCAUCCGAUUGGCUCUGGAUAUCCAGGGGCCUUUGGUCCCAUACUGGGAUAUUGUGCGGGACAGAGUGAAUUCUUCCUGCGCAGGAGUAGAGCCAUGGAAGAUUAUUGUCUGCUCGUGUGGAACCACUCUCCUGGUUCUUACAGCCAGGGACAUUCUCUUCUCAGACGAAGAUACCUUAACCAACAGAACAAAAAAGGAGUUUUUUCGAUUGGUGAAAAAAAUUCCAUUUGUCAAGAGAAAAAUUGCAGAGGAGAAGAAGAAGAUAUUGAAGGACAUGGAGCAUACCAUGAAUGCAGAUGUGGACGGGUACAUCACACGUUUACCAGAGAAUGGACUGGAAGUGGAAGCCCUCAUGGAAGAGUUAAAAAAAUACCAAUCUUUAGCAAAAGUAGACUGGGCUAAUGGGACCAUAUCAGGCACAGUGUAUGGUGGGGAGCCAGAACUCACUAAAUUGAUGGAAAAGGUGUAUGGAAUGUUUGCUUGGACCAACCCCCUUCAUGCAGACAUUUUCCCUGACAUUAGAAAAAUGGAGGCAGAAGUUGUUAGGAUGUGCUGCACUAUGUUCAAUGGUGACAGCCAAUCUUGUGGAACAAUGACUGCUGGUGGGACAGAGAGCAUAUUGAUGGCCUGCCUUACUUACAGAAACAUUGCAAGGGAGAGGGGCAUUAAAAUUCCAGAAAUAAUUGUGCCUGUCACAGCCCAUGCUGCCUUUGAUAAGGCUGCUGCAUACUUCCACUUAAGGAUCACUCACAUUCCAAUUGAUGAGAAGACGAGAAGAGUGGACAUAAAUGCUAUGAGAAGAGCAAUAAACAAAAACACUUGCAUGUUGAUGGGAUCAGUUCCACAGUUUCCACACGGUAUCAUCGAUGACAUACAAUCUAUAUCAGAGUUGGGACUGAAGUACAACAUUCCUGUCCAUGUUGACUGUUGUUUAGGGGGCUUCCUGUACCCAUUCAUGGAGAAGGCUGGAUACUCUGUUCCUGUGGCAGAUUUCCGUGUUCCUGGAGUCACUAGCAUCUCUGCAGACACACACAAGUAUGCCUUUGCUCCAAAAGGUUCCUCAGUGGUUUUGUACAGAAAUGAUGAUUAUAGGAGGAUGCAGUUCUUUGUUCAGCCUGACUGGCCUGGUGGUAUAUACGCUACAGCUUCUGUUGGAGGCAGUCGACCAGGUGCCAUUAUAGCUGUUUGCUGGGCAACUCUUAUGUACUAUGGGGAGAAAAGUUAUAUCGAGUCCACAAGGAAAAUUAUCUCCACAACUAGAUAUAUAAAAGCAGGAUUGAAGAAGAUCCCUGGAUUCCAUGUCUUUGGCGAUCCCUUGAUGUCUGUGGUUGGUUUUGGACCAGCAGAGGGUUUCAAGUACAACAUCUUCACGUUCUCUGAUAUGAUUGCAAAGCGAGGCUGGAACCUCAACCCACUUCAGUUUCCCUCAAGCAUACAUCUGUGUGUAACACUUCUCCACACUAAAGAGGGAGUGGCUGACAAAUUCCUCCAGGAUGCCAGAGAAUGUCUGGAGGAGUUGCUGAAUUCUGCCGAUGCUGAGGCUGGUGGAAUGGCAGCUAUGUAUGGAACCUCGCAGAGUAUUCCUGAUCGUUCCAUGGUUGCUGAACUUGCUGGGUGCUUUGUGAGCUCACUGUACACAACAAACAAAAGUGAGGAGAGCAAUGGUACAGUUCCUACCAAUUAGGGUGACAUGACUGACAUCUAGAAAACAGGCAAAGGAUAUCAUAGAGAACUCUCUGUCUCAAACAUGAAAUGGUGUACCAUGGAUGAUAUUAGAAACAGAUUAUGGCAGUGUAAAAAAAAUAUUGAGUAGGAACAUACCACACUGUUGUUAAAUUGGUGCAGUUUACAAAGUACAAUGUAUUGUUAAGCAUUUCCUAUACUGUAGAUUCUUACAUAUAUGCAAGGAAUUUAUUACUGUGUAAUUUCAUUUUACCACUCACAAAAUAAAACUUUGCUUUUAUUAUUAUAUUGUUGAAAUACGUGGAAAAACUCUUGAUUAACAGUUUACUCCUCACAGUUUGAUAUUUCACGAUAUUAAGCACUUGUGAUAAUCUACAGUAUUGUGUCUCCACGAUGAAAUUUCUGUUUUCUUUUACUAUUUAUAAAUGCACAAACAAUGCAAUAGCGAAUGUAGAUAUCAGUUUUAUGUAAUGUGUGUGUAUAUUUUUUCUGUGACUUUAAUCUGUGAUAUACUCAAUCUAACAUAUUUGACAAGACAUAAGAUUUCUGAAUUGUAAUCAUAAUACCAAGAUAUUGGAAUAUUCAGAAUCUAUUCAUACAUGUACCUUUUGUGCAUUGCAUAACUGUGAAGUUAACCAAUUUACUUUGUCAGUUUGAAAGUUCAUUAAGAGAUACUUGCAAUCUUGGAAAAUAUUCUGUGUAAUUUUAUUGAAAUCAAGAACCUUCACUCCUGGACUUUGAUACAAAAUAAAAUUUUAAAGGUUAUACAUGUAAAAUCAUAAUUUCAUUUUUAAAUGUUAAGCAAUUUAGUGAAACUUGUCUAAUAUUGAUUUGCUUUGUUCCAAAAAAUAAUUUGAGGAAAAUGGAGAUAGGUGCCAAAAUGUAUGCAUAGAAUGCACACAUAAUUUUAUUGCACAACAUCUGGUGAAAAUGAGUUGAACCCUACGUGGACUUUAGCAUUUAAAUAGGCUACAUCAGUUUGAAAUGUCUUGAGGUAUUUAAUGUCUAAUUUUAAAAAAUGAUUGUACUUCUGUAAACCAAUUUCUAUUUGAGUGCAAAACAUAAGCACUUCUUCUGCAUGAAGUUUUGUCAUUGAGAACUGUCAUUCUGCCUUUGUCGAGUGUAUAUGUUGGUUCACCUGCUAUUUGCAUGUUGCCGACUUAUUUCCUAUUAGAAUGUGUCUGCUUUUGAAAUUUUUAAAAGACCUUUUUCUUUGAGAUGGUUUAAGAUUUUUAUAAAAAGAAACUAGUUGUUUAAUUAUGAACUAAUUUUUUGGAGUAUGUGAAUUAGAUUAGUAUUUUGCUUCCCUAGAUAAGGUAAGAUAUGAUUGAUGAUAGUGUGGAAAUACACACACUGUUUUUAGUUCACCUGAGCUAUAAAAGCUCAAAAAAGCUUUUCUGAUCACCUGGUGUUUGUCUGUAAACUUUACACAUUUUCAACUUCCUUUUCCAGAACCACUGGGCCAAUUUCAACCAAACUUGCCUUAAAGCAUCUUUGGAUAAAGGGGAUUCAAAAUUGUUCUAAUGAAGGGUAACACUCUUUUCAAGGGAGAGAUAAUUAAGAAAUAGUGAAAAUAUGGUGACAUCAUUUGAAAAUCUUGUUCUCCAGAACAACUGGACUAGAAAAGACAAAACUUAUGUGAAAGCUUCCUUUAUGAGUGGAGAUUCAAAAUUAUUAAAAUCAUAGUCGGGGGGAGGGGGGGGGGGGCCACAAUAGGGGAUCUAAGUUUUAAUAUUUUUUUUUUAUGAACAGGUUGGUUAUGAAUAUGAAAAGUCAUGUUAAUAGGCAAGCAUUCUCAGGUAAUGCAGAUUCAAAGUUGUUAGGGAUGGGGUGGGGCCACAAAAAAGGAUUAAAGUUCCGCAUAGAUAUGUAUCGGAAAAAUCUUCUCAAGAACAGCAGAGUCAAUGAUCAGUCAUAUUGAUGCAAGCAUCCUAAGGUAGUACAGAUAUGUAAUCUUUGAAUAUUUACUUAUUACGGAUCACUGAUUAGAUAUACAGGUAUAGCUUUCUAAAAAAGAGGCAUACUACACAGUGAAAUAGAUGCAUGUAUGCACAAGUACUGGAAGUUAGUGCAAUUAUAGUGCAAAGUACUUUUUUACAAACACACAUGAAAUUUUAGUUAUUUUCCAGUACAAAUUUGAAAAAAAUCACUUUCUGAAUUCAGUUUUUUCCCAUGAACCUUGGUGUUAGGAGGGGCUAAAAUCAUGUUACAUAAUAUAUGAAUAUAGGAGGGGGAGGGGAAAUCUUGUUAAAAAAACCCAGAACAGCAAGGCCAUGUUAGUCAUAUUGAUUCAGAGGCAUCCCCAUGUUGUUUGAAUUUAUGUUGUGUGAAGUCACAACCCCAUGUGACUGGGUUGGGGUCAAAAUUUAUCAUGGGACUAAAGAGGAAAAAGAUCUUUUAAAAUAUUCCUCUGAAAAACAGAAGGGCCAAGGUGACUCGGGUAAGCAUUGUGGUCCAUGGGUGUCUUAUUGACAUACCAUACAUUUGUUAAAACAUGAAAAGAAGGGUGUAUGUGCAUGGCACCUCUUCGGCAGUAAAAUCUAUUAAAACAUUCAGCAGAAAUUUUGGAGAAAAGAAAUUUAGAGCUUGAAUUAGAGCAUUUAAUUUACAAGCUUUGAUAAAUGUUGUUUGUGCUAUGGAGUUUAAGAGAAAUAUAUAUACAUACAUGUAUGUAAUUUGUGUAUUAUGUUUAUAGCAGAAUAAAAGUAAUAUCUUC